GCGAUUCGGCUUCAGCGGCUGCUGGCGGGAGUGGAGCAGACGAUGAGAUGUUUGUAGCAUUGGAGCUCUGGGUUUUGUCAAUGUCUGUGCAUAUUGUCAGCCGGUCUCGUCCUCAAAAUGAGAAAAGCAACAGAAAACCAAGGAAACACUCGAAAACAUACUGAAAAUUUAUCCCCGAGGAAUAAAGUGAAGGACCUCGUAAUCCAGCAGCACUUCAGAUCCCAUUUCACACCUUUUCUCCAGGAGACUCCAGUGAAGCCCUCUCAGGUCCCUAACUGGCUCUCUCACCCACCUUCUAGGAGAAUGUUGCCAUUUCAAAGCCCUGAGCCAUGCUACAGGGACAGACUGGGUCCACCAUGGCACCCCCCUUAUCCUCCGGGACCAGUCCAUUCAUCAGGGUUUGUUCCAAGCAGCCCAACUAACAUUGGUGCCUCCGUGAAUAGGUUCCAAACCAUGCCAAGAGGCAGACUUGGUCCUCAGCCCCACCAACAGCGUCAACCUUCAGGGUCUUUCUGCCCAUCUGGGUAUGCUCCAGUCACACCAACAAGUAGUAGUACUACAGCUAAUAGGCCGCCGGGCAUCUUUUACCCUGCACCCCCUCAAUUCAUGAAGGAUUUAAGCAACCACUCCCCAUCUUCCCACAUCAGGAGAGAUCAAGGGACUGAAUCCAAGGACAGCUGGUCUUACUCAGGAAACAAAAAUGUAACUGCACAAAGACAAGACUCAAACAAGGCUCAAUCAAGCGAGGUGAGAGGUUCCAUACAAACUAUCCAGCUCCAUCGACCCCCUAUUACCUCAUCAUUCAACACCAGAGCAGUUCAAGGAGUUUGCACACUGGCCCCCUCAGGCUCAGAGCAUUGGAGCCCUGCCAGUGGCCCCCCUGACAGCCAGGUGCCCCCGCUUGUCUACCAGCCUUCUCCGAGUCCCCAGUCUUCUGUCAGGAGUAGUGGUUCCAGUUUACCCAACAUGCACAGUCCUGUAGCUCCUUGCCAGGACCAACAACAUAAACGAACACCUUCAAGAGAAAACUUAAUUCCAGUUGUGGACUAUAAUUGCUCAUCUCAGAAGAGGUGCAGGGAGUUUGAGGACUGUGACGACAGUGCCAAGAAACUGUGUCUUCCAGCUAUAAACACAGGCAAAGCACAGACACCAAAGCCUACUGUUGGCAACUCACUCAACACUUCACUGAUGUCUCAGCCGUCAUCGAGGCAUUCUUCAGUCUUGGAACUGUCACCCAAAACCAUUGAUCGCCAUCUGUGCUCAGAACCAGAACCAGCACGUGGUCAGUCAGCAUGCCUGGAACUGUCAUCCAUGUUUAAACCCACCCAGUCAUCCUGUGCAUCACUGACACCCAAAACUUGUGUAGAGAGACAACCAUCAACGGGGGCGCAGCAAGCCUGUUUAAAUUUCACCCAGAAUCAUACUUUGUUAAUAGAGUUAAGGUCACCUCCAAAACCAGAUGAAGAGAGUUUGAGGAAAAGAAGUGUGGAAAACGAUAAAAGGGAUAGGUCAGACCCUUUGUUAUCCUCCGAGGUUCCCCAGAAGGACACUGGUAGCUCACCUCAUGCUCAGUUUGGCAACCACCUCUCUGGUCAUACUCACCGUAAUACUUCAGUCUUGCCAGUCAAGACCCUGAGCAGAGGAAAUCAUGUGGAGGAGAGCAGAAAGUCGGACAACAGCACUCCAAAACCAGCCUCAAAGACGAAUUCAGGUUCUCUGAGUUGUCGCACGGCAGAACGGACCAAAAACCCCCGUCCAAAAAGAUCUGUUGCAAUCCCUAAUGAUAUAGAUGAGCUGUUCACCCCUGAUCCCUUGACCUAUGUAUUCAGCACUGGCCAUAAGACUGUAAAGCUCAGGACAGAUGGGAUCAAAUCCCCAUCCUCAGAGAAAGGAUGUCCAUCCAGCACUGUGACCAGCUCCAGUACUUCUGUUACUGCAUCCUUGUGUCGCAAAACUGGUUCUUCUCAUGCAGUGGACACCCAAGACUCAUCACCAGCUCCUCUCCCACAAGUCUACAUGCCAACUGUGGCAUUAGAGCGGGUAAAACUUGAGAACUUAAAACCCAUUUGCUCCAAAAACAGUAAACUCAAAAAGAGCCCCACCAGUUCUUCGGGCAGGCAGCUUAAGGAUGAGAGUGUUAAAUCUGAUGAGAAACACACAUCUCUCCUCCCCAACAAUGUGGGAACAUGCGCUUUAGAGACUGAGACUGUGACCACAACUGCUACAUCUCAUCAUUCUCCGUCUCCACUGUUGGAGAGGCAGGCAAGUGAAGGGCGUAGAAAGACGGUGAGUGAAGAGGAUCCUAUAGAUGUGGAGCUGGACCUGGACUUGAGCUUUGCAGUAGAUGUGGAUCUAACCCAGAGCUCCCAGAGCAGUGAGGACGAACAGCUGAUUUCCCUGCAGGAGAUGAUGGAGCGUGUUACCAAGCCUCCAGAUACGCCGGAGAAGGGAGCCUUCUCAGAGCCCAGUACACCUGGACAUCGCAGCAGCCAGUCAAAAACUCCAUUGCCAUCCACGACAAAGUGUGGUACCUACAAGAACAACCUCGACCAGAUGCUGAAGGAAAUUAACUCCACUAAAAGAGCCAAAGAGCUCGAGGCACAACUUCUAACUGCAUGUGAAGAGGACCUGUUGAGAAUAGCUGAAUACGAGGAGGCUGAGGAGAACCGAGAGGAGGGUGUCUCCACCGAACAACAGGAAUUCUUGCAGCGCUACUCUUUGAUGUCCAAUGCAAUCAGGGAAGUGCCUCCAGGAGAAGUCGUGUUCAACCUGGAGAAAUUUGGCCAGAUCUUCAGCCAAGAUACACUGCAGCUCAGACAAUGCAUGGUCAGUCCACAGGGGGCAGCACAGAAAACGCUUCUUUGGUCCAGCCCUGCUCAGCUGAGACUGCAUUUAAAUAUUGGAUUGUUCCAGGAAGCUUUCGACUGUCACUCGCCCUGUCCAGCUCAGGUUACCCGUUUCCUAUUCAAGAUGAUGUCAGUCCACAAUGAGAGGAUAGUAUCUGAAAAGAUUCUUCAGGCCCUCUGUGACAUCGCUUGCACAGCUGCUUAUCAGAUAGUGAAAAAUGGAAAUCAACAGUUUAAAGUGUGGGUGCCCAGUUUGGCCGAUGUGGCCUUGGUCCUGAUGAAUAUGGGAAUUGCGUUUGUCACUCUCUUCCCUUUUGAGAACCUGCAGCCUCCAUUCACAGAGGGAGAUUUGCUGGAGGACAUCUGUAUCAAAAGUGAGAGUCCCUCUAGUAACAAGGAGCAGACCAUUUUCCCCGAGCACAACUGCAACAACAUCCUGAAGUACCUGUCUUACUGUAUGGGCCUCUGUCCAAAGGCGUACAGUGACGAUGAGCUGCUGUUGUUGCUUACCGUGGUGGGAAGGGUGGGCCUGGACACACGGCUCAUCCUCCAGUCCAGUGUGGAACUGUACCCUUUACAGUACAAAGUAGUCAACAACAUCAAGGACUGGGACACCAUGCUGCCCAGAAUCUGUCGAGCCCUGACCGAUCUGACAGAUGACCACCACAACAUGUGCCUGCUUGUUCAACUGCUGCCUGACAACACACGUGGAAAGCAACUGCGGAGACAUCUGAGUCUGUCCAUGAUCUCAAAACUGCUGGACGGAAAUUGCACUUACAGACCUACAGAAAAGGAGUUUCAGCUCUCUAAACUGAGGCCAUACCUGCCUCGUAUGCAACCCUCCACCCUUCUCCGAUGCAUGCUGAGCUCCUCCAGCAGGAGUCAGAAAGAGAAAGAAGACGACAUGAACACCUUAGACCAACAGUCCUACUACCUCUGCUACAGCCUUCUGACCUUGGCAAAUGAAGCUUCCAAUUUUCAGUUCUUCCCAGCUCAUCAAAAGAAGCAGCUGCUGGUUUUAUGCUAUGAGCUAGAAACGCAUGUUAAGUGUGACAUUAGAGAGAGCGAGAAAUGUCUCUACCGGAGCAAGGUCAAGGACCUGGUGGCCAGGAUCUACACCAAGUGGUCGAUGCUCCUUCAGAGGACCAGGCCCCUCCAUGGUAAGCUGUAUGAUUAUUGGCAGCCUUUGUCUGUGGAUACAUUGACAAGCAGCCAAGAAGAGGAGGAGGUGGUCAUCAGUGAUGAUGAAGAGGGGCCGGUGAUGGAGGAGAGUGAAGAAGAGGAACCCAAUGAAACUGGAACUGAAGAGGUUGCAAUGAUAUCUGAGGACGAGGACAAGGAAGAGCGAGAUGAUACAACGGAUGACACGGAUAAAACGGAGGAUUACAUAAAGCCAGACGAAACAGAGGCAGACGAUACAAUGGACACAAACAAGAUGAGGGGCGACGUAAAGCCAGAAGAAACGGUGGGAGAUGAUACAGUGGACACAAACGAGACUGGGGGUGACGUAAAGCCAGACGAAACAGAGGCAGACAGUACAAUCGACACAAACAAGAUGAGGGGCGACAUAAAGCCGGAAGAAACGGAGGGAGAUGAUACAGUGGACACAAACGAGACUGGGGGCGACAUAAAGCCAGAUGAAACAGAGGCAGACGAUAUAAUGGACACAAAUGAGACUGGGGGCGACGUAAAGCCAGAAGGAAUGGAGGGAGAUAAUGCAAUGGAUGACACAAAGGAAACUGAGGAAGCAACAGAAACAAUACUAAGGGAGUUGAACCACGAGAUGCCAGAGAUGGAGCCUUACGUACACGAGCAAGUGGAGGCUAGAAAUGCAGAGCAUACUGAGGUGGAGACUGAAAAUCUGGUUGAGGCAAGAAAAACAUCUCACCACAACCAGGUGGCAGCAUGUGAUCUACUGUAGUGUCAGUUUUAUUUGUGUUCAGCUGUUGCCUUAAUAUGAAGCGCAUUUUGCACUAUUUGCCUACCCAUCCUCUUUAAUUAACCCCUAAGUUUCAUUGUGUAUACAAAUACAAAUUGUUUAUUUAUGAAUAAACCAUUUUAGGAGAGAUCGCAGAGAUCAUAUUUUUGGUUAGUGUUGCACAACCAACAAAACGUUGUUUUAUUGUAUGUCUUUUUUUAAAAUACCUUGAUGUUAAAAUCUUAUGUAAAUGACUUCUCGCUAUACCUCUUCACUUAUUCAGUUGUGUGCAAUUUGUAAAGUGUGGGUCACAGAUGUUACAUAAACAUUGCUGUAGCUGUCGGCCCACAAAAACCUGUGUUUAAUUGGAGGUUUUUUUUUACAUCCUUGUCAACUGUGUUCAUUUGUGGAAAUUAAUUUCUCAAGAAAAUAGUUCAGUGUCACAUUUGCUUUAGUAACUGAAAUACUGAUUUACUGUUAUGUGUGAUAUGCUGCAAAUCAGCCUCGAGUUACAACGUGACACGUUUAAAAUCUACUUGACUAUGCAACAUGUUCACUAGUAAUCAGUUUAGAAACAGCAUCUUAUACUGAGGUUUCUCAGCCGUUAUUGUUUCAUUCAUAAAAAUGCGACAGGCCUUUUUCACAGCAGACACUGACCUGUCACAAUAGGAAAAUCAUAUGUGCUAGUAACAUUAGAAAUGGCUCUGUUGUAUUCACAUGUCUCAGUAAGUUGUGACAGUGAGACUGAAACUGAAGGAGCUAAAUGGAGUUCAGCCAUAAUUAAUUUGACUGUUUAAACCCUUUGUUUUUGUCACUGUCGCACGUCGAAAAUGUUUUCUGUGAAAAAGGCCUGUUAAAUUUACUUUGUAAAUAAUUUCCAGGUACACAUUAACUUGUUGAUUCCGUCAUAAUUUCGCUGUUGUGUUGUUUGUGGGUGUUGUGUUGAAUUACCCUUUGAUAAAAUAUUUUUUUAUUGAUUAAAAAAUACUUUUUUUUUUUACAGCUGUUGCCAAAUGGAGUAAAAUAAACUUUGUUUACGUGUUCAAAAAAUGUUUUUGUAAAAAUAUGUUGGGUAAAAAUGUAAUCCACUCCUGCCAAUAUUAGCAAGAUAAAUAUAUUCA